AUGAUCGACCCCAACACGCAGGCCGUAGCGCCAGACUAUGGAACGCCCAAGCGCAUCCCCGACAUCGACGCCAAAAAGCAACCCGAAAACAAGUCGCACGCAACGUCUGAGUGCCACGCCCGCGCCAACGAACUCCAUAUGCGCGCCAAUCGCCCGCUACCCCUCCCGUAUCCGCAGCCAGGAGGCAACAACAAAUGUCCGACCAAGGUUCAGAAGGCUCGUGCCAAGGAUCGCAAGGCUGAUAAGACAGGCGAGAUGAUGCGGGCGUACGCGAACUUUCUCAGGACCGGCAAAGUCACGCCGCCUUUCGGAAAGAAGCUCGCGUUGCUGGCUGGGAGAUGA